AUGCCCCCUGCCCCAUGUCUUCCCAACUCCUCACCUUUUAUGAUAGGUAAUGUCCCGGGGUUUGCGAAGAACCGCAGUCCAGCUGACGAUUCUGAGUUGAGUCGGGGUUCCUGCCGGCUGCUCGGAGCAGUUGUAGAUCUCAAUAACCACACGAUGGCGCUAUCACGUCGGGUCACCAUUUGCAGGAAUGAAGGACGAGACGGACUCUAUGAACCGACGCGUUCCUUGAGUGGUCUUAUCUUAAAGAAUAAUGUAAAAGCACAUUUUCACAACUUUCCAAAUGGGGUAACUGACUUCAUUAAAAGUGAAUGUCUUAACAACAUUGGUGAUUCCUCCCCCUUAAUUAGAGCUACUGUAGGCAUUCUGAUAACAACUAUUGCUUCAAAAGGGGAAUUACAGAAUUGGCCUGAACUCUUACCAAAGCUUUGCAGCCUGUUGGAUUCUGAAGAUUACAAUACCUGUGAGGGUGCAUUUGGUGCUCUUCAGAAAAUAUGUGAAGAUUCUGCUGAAAUUUUAGAUAGCGAUGUAUUGGACCGACCACUCAAUAUCAUGAUACCUAAAUUCUUGCAAUUCUUCAAGCACAGCAGUCCAAAAAUAAGGUCUCAUGCUGUUGCAUGUGUCAAUCAAUUUAUCAUCAGCAGAACUCAAGCUCUUAUGUUGCACAUAGAUUCUUUUAUUGAGAAUCUUUUUGCGCUGGCUGGUGAUGAGGAGCCUGAAGUACGCAAAAAUGUUUGCCGUGCUUUGGUAAUGUUGCUGGAAGUUCGAAUGGAUCGCCUGCUUCCUCAUAUGAUUAGUAUAGUUGAGUACAUGCUUCAAAGGACCCAGGACCAAGAUGAAAAUGUGGCAUUGGAGGCUUGCGAGUUUUGGCUGACUUUGGCUGAACAGCCAAUUUGUAAAGAUGUAUUAUGUCGGCAUCUUACUAAACUGAUACCUGUGCUGGUAAAUGGUAUGAAAUAUUCAGAGAUCGAUAUUAUUCUGUUGAAGGGGGAUGUUGAAGAAGAUGAAGCUAUUCCAGAUAGCGAACAGGACAUAAGACCUCGUUUUCAUCGUUCACGGACGGUAGCUCAGCAGCAUGAAGAAGAUGAUAUUGUAGAUGAUGAUGAUGAUGAUGAUCUUGAUGAUGAUGAUGAUACUAUUUCUGACUGGAAUUUAAGGAAAUGUUCUGCUGCUGCUCUAGAUGUCCUGGCUAAUGUAUUUCGUGAUGAACUUCUGCCACACAUCUUGCCCCUUUUGAAGGAAUUACUCUUCCAUCAUGAAUGGGUAGUUAAAGAAUCUGGUAUCCUUGUUCUUGGAGCAAUUGCUGAAGGCUGCAUGCAGGGUAUGAUUCCAUAUCUUCCUGAGCUAAUUCCUCACCUUAUUCAGUGCCUCUCUAACAAAAAGGCUCUUGUGCGCUCCAUUACAUGCUGGACUCUUAGUCGCUAUGCACACUGGGUAGUUAGUCAACCCCCAGACACAUACUUGAAGCCAUUAAUGACUGAGUUGCUAAAGCGUAUUCUGGAUAGCAACAAGAGAGUACAAGAAGCUGCCUGCAGUGCCUUUGCUACUCUAGAAGAGGAGGCUUGUACAGAGCUUGUUCCUUAUCUUGCGUAUAUACUUGACACUUUGGUCUUCGCAUUUAGUAAAUACCAGCAUAAAAACCUGCUCAUUCUUUAUGAUGCUAUAGGAACUCUAGCAGAUUCUGUAGGACAUCAUCUAAAUAAACCAGAAUAUAUUCAGAUGCUAAUGCCUCCAUUAAUCCAGAAGUGGAACAUGUUGAAGGAUGAAGAUAAAGAUCUCUUCCCUUUAUUGGAGUGCCUGUCAUCAGUUGCUACUGCCUUGCAGUCUGGCUUUCUUCCAUACUGUGAACCUGUGUACCAGCGUUGUGUAAAUCUGGUGCAGAAGACUCUUGCACAAGCCAUGUUGCACAAUGCUCAGCCAGACCAAUAUGAGGCUCCAGAUAAAGAUUUCAUGAUUGUAGCUCUUGAUUUGCUCAGUGGUUUAGCUGAAGGACUGGGAGGCAACAUUGAACAGCUAGUGGCCCGCAGCAAUGUCCUGACACUAAUGUACCAAUGCAUGCAGGAUAAAAUGCCUGAGGUACGGCAGAGUUCUUUUGCAUUGUUAGGUGAUCUGACAAAGGCGUGUUUUCAGCAUGUUAAGCCUUGCAUCGCUGAUUUCAUGCCUAUUUUGGGAACCAACCUAAACCCUGAAUUCAUUUCUGUGUGUAACAAUGCCACCUGGGCAAUUGGGGAAAUCUCCAUCCAGAUGGGUAUAGAGAUGCAGCCUUAUAUUCCAAUGGUGUUGCACCAGCUUGUAGAAAUAAUUAACAGACCCAACACACCAAAGACAUUGUUAGAGAACACAGCAAUAACAAUUGGUCGUCUUGGUUACGUUUGUCCUCAAGAGGUGGCCCCCAUGCUACAGCAGUUUAUAAGACCCUGGUGCACCUCUCUGCGAAACAUAAGAGACAAUGAGGAAAAGGAUUCAGCAUUCCGUGGGAUAUGUACCAUGAUCUCUGUCAACCCCAGUGGAGUAGUCCAAGACUUUAUUUUUUUUUGUGAUGCUGUUGCAUCAUGGAUUAGCCCAAAAGAUGAUCUCCGAGACAUGUUCUGUAAGAUUCUUCAUGGAUUUAAAAAUCAAGUUGGGGAUGAGAAUUGGAGGCAUUUCUCUGACCAGUUUCCUCUUCCCUUAAAAGAGCGCCUUGCAGCUUACUAUGGAGUUUAG